CUCCCUAUCUUUUUUUUUACUCCAACCAAAUGUAAACCAUUCUACUAACCAACAGCAGCAACCCACUUAAGAUGGCGCCAAGGCACAGCAGGGAUGCUCACGUGACCUAAGGACCCCCCCAUCUCUUUCUGUUGCAGCGGCAGGCUUUUUUUUGGGGGGGGAGACAAAUCUCGCGACAUCUUGAAGUCAUCAAGGAGGGAAGGGUACUCGCCAGAAUUCUUACGAAACCUGGAGGGGGGGGAGGCAAGUAGAGACAAAUCUCGCGUGAACAGAGCCAUAAACAUUGUAUAGGGAAGCCUCGCGAUACCAUCUAGAGGCCUCCUGGAUUGGGAGAGGCCCGCAGCCUGCCUAGUUCUCGCGGUAGCCUUGGGGUGUCUUGGCCCUCCCCCCACCUCUUUAAGCGGAGUGUAGAGUUCUCCCCGCGAUAUCUUUUGCUGCAAGCAGAGGUGGGGGGAGGGGAGUGAGAGGAGGAAGAAGGGGCGUGGUUUGCGCGCUGAAGUCAGCACGGCGACUGCGAGGGGGCGGAGAAAUAUAUAAAGGCCCGGGCCGUACUGGGGGGGUUUCAGUUAGAGAAGCGAUUCCGAGGCGAAACCGAGGAGCUGUGGCAGCCGAGGCUAGUUCUACGUCUGUUGAAUCUGAGUUUCUCUACGCGGAGCGGGACAUCCCGAGACGAUCUCUCGUUAUGAGUCAUGUGGCAGUGGAAAAUGCCCUCGGUCUAGAUCAGCAGUUUGCUGGUCUAGACUUGAAUUCCUCAGACUCUCAGAGUGGAGGAGGUACAGCAAGUAAAGGACGCUACAUUCCUCCUCAUUUGAGAAAUAGAGAAGCUUCAAAGCAGGAUUCCCCCAGCUGGGACUCUCGUGGAGGUAAUGGCUAUAUGAAUGGAUAUGAUCGUGACAGCCGGAUGAAUGGCUACGAUCGUGAUCGUGGUGUGUUUGGAUCCAGAGGAGGAUCUGGACGUGAUGACAGAGGAUUUGAUGGUGGAUGGAGUGCUGGCAGAGACAGGGAUGCAUACAGUAGCUUUGGUGCAAGGAGUGAUCGUGGAACAGGAAAAUCAAGUUUCUUUGGUGACCGUGGAAAUGGCUCAAGAGGAAGGUUUGAUGACCGUGGUGGAAGAGGCAGUGACUUCGAUGGUAUUAGCAGUCGUAGUGAUAGGGGUGGUUUUGGCAGAUUCGAUCGUGGCGGAAACAGUCGUUGGUCUGAUAAAAGUGACGAAGAUGACUGGUCCAAACCACUUGCACCAAGUGAGCGUAUGGAACAGGAGCUGUUUGCUGGUGGGAACACUGGCAUUAAUUUUGAAAAAUAUGAUGACAUUCCAGUUGAAGCAACGGGCAACAAUUGUCCUCCCCACAUUGAAAGUUUCAGUGAUGUUGAUAUGGGGGAAAUCAUCAUGGGGAACAUUGAGCUUACUCGUUACACUCGGCCCACUCCAGUGCAGAAAUACGCUAUUCCUAUCAUCAAAGACAAGAGAGACUUGAUGGCUUGUGCCCAGACAGGAUCUGGGAAAACAGCUGCAUUUCUUCUGCCCAUAUUGAGUCAGAUAUAUACAGAUGGCCCAGGUGAUGCCUUGAGAGCUAUGAAGGAGAAUGGACGUUAUGGACGCCGUAAGCAAUACCCAAUCUCAUUAGUAUUGGCUCCCACAAGAGAACUGGCAGUUCAGAUAUAUGAAGAAGCCAGAAAGUUUGCAUAUCGUUCCAGAGUUCGUCCUUGUGUUGUGUAUGGUGGAGCUGAUAUUGGGCAGCAAAUACGUGACUUGGAGCGUGGCUGUCACUUGCUUGUGGCAACUCCAGGUCGUCUUGUAGAUAUGAUGGAGAGAGGAAAGAUUGGAUUAGAUUUUUGCAAGUACUUGGUAUUGGAUGAAGCUGAUCGUAUGCUUGAUAUGGGGUUUGAACCACAAAUUCGCCGUAUUGUUGAACAAGAUACUAUGCCACCCAAGGGUGUUCGUCAGACUAUGAUGUUCAGUGCUACUUUUCCAAAGGAAAUCCAGAUGCUUGCUCGUGACUUCUUGGAGGAAUAUAUCUUUCUGGCUGUUGGCAGAGUUGGCUCUACAUCUGAGAAUAUCACACAGAAAGUAGUGUGGGUGGAAGAGUCAGACAAACGGUCAUUUCUGCUUGACCUCCUUAAUGCCACAGGUAAAGACUGUUUGGGAGAAUUCCAACACAACUCUAAUGGCUCAGGCAAAGAAUCCUUGACUUUGGUUUUUGUGGAGACAAAAAAGGGGGCUGAUUCUUUGGAGGAUUUCCUGUACCGUGAAGGAUAUGCUUGCACAAGUAUCCAUGGUGAUCGCUGUCAGCGAGAUAGAGAAGAAGCAUUGCACCAGUUCCGCUCAGGCAGAAGCCCAAUCUUAGUUGCCACUGCAGUAGCAGCCAGAGGACUGGAUAUUUCAAAUGUAAAACAUGUAAUAAAUUUUGAUUUGCCAAGUGACAUAGAAGAAUAUGUACAUCGAAUUGGUCGCACAGGUCGUGUAGGAAAUCUAGGUCUUGCAACAUCAUUCUUCAAUGAGAGGAACAUAAAUAUCACAAAAGACCUGUUAGAUCUGCUUGUUGAGGCUAAGCAAGAAGUACCGUCUUGGCUAGAGAACAUGGCAUAUGAGCAGCAUCAUAAGGGUGGCAGCAGUCGUGGACGCUCUAAAGGCCGUUUCAGUGGAGGAUUUGGUGCCAGAGACUAUCGAACAAGCAGCAGCACUAGUAGCAGCAGUUUUGGCAGUAGCCGUGCAAGUAGUGGACGAAGUGGUGGUGGUGGCAGUGGCGGCAGCGGCGGCCAUGGAGGUAGCAGAGGAUUUGGAGGUGGCUAUGGUGGCUUCUACAACAGUGAUGGAUAUGGAGGAAACUAUAACUCUCAGGGGGUAGAUUGGUGGGGCAACUGAUCUGCUUUCCACAGAUUCUUACCAAACAAGCUAAUAUGGAAACCACAUGUAACUUAGCCAGACUAUACCUUGUGUAGCUUCAAGAACUCGCAGUACAUUACCAGCUGUGAUUCUCCACUGAAUUUUUUUUAAGGGAGCUCAAGGUCACAAGAAGGAAAGGAACAGAAGCCCUACUUUGAAGAAGGUUUAACGACUCCAUUGUAGUCAGGAUUAACUCCCCUCCCACUCCUACUCCCAGAUUGUAUUUAUAAUUUUGUGACUGAGGAUCAUUUGUUAAUGUACUGUGCCUUUAACUUUAGACAACUUUUUAUUUUGAUGUCCUGUUGGCUCAGUAAUGCCCAAGAUUAUCAAUUGUCUUGACAGAAUUACUCAACUUGGGCUUUAAAAAAAUCAAACCUUGGCACGCAGGUAUGAUACAACUUACAGGAAUCAUUGAUUCAUCCACUUUAUACUACAAAAAAAAACUUGUGCGGUGGCCGGCAUUAGGGCUUUGAUAACUCGGAGAUUUAAAAAAUAAAACAUCUUGAAGCAUAUCAAUGGAAUUUAUUUCUAAUGUGGCAAAACUGUACAAAGUUAAAGUUGAUUUGCUCACUCUAUCCUGGAUAGGUACUUAGAACCUGAUAGUCUUUAAUAAGCCAUUCCAGUCAUGAUGAUGAAGUGAUGUAUGGAUACAUGCAUACAUACAAGUGUUGUUUUAAAAGUUAAUGCAAGAAAACAGCAAUUCCAGUGUUUAGGCAGAUUAUUAAUGCGAGCUAGCCAAAUGGAGGCGGAACAUUACAGGGAAUGUUUAAAGGUCUGAACUUGAAAUAGUUUUUAGGAGAAUUCAUCUACUUAGACUUCUCAAAAUUGCCUGCCAUAUAAAAUUGAAAUGGUAGAAUGGCUGACCACAACAGUGAUGGGUCCACUUUUUAAGGGCCUGACUGAUUUUUUUGGUCUUAACGCAUGCUAGUGUUGAUGUUUUUUGGUCAAGGGGGAAUGAACAGGAAGAAUUAUGCAGCAGGCUUUAUUUUAAUGCAGAUUCACAUUACUCUGUUCAAGCUGCGUUGAAGUGUUAACUGGCUUACUGUAGACUUGUAAAAUGGCUCCAGAAGAGUAACAAAUUCUGAGAUCACAAAGGUUGGAAUGUACAUAACUGCACAAGGUUUCAAAUCUGCUAUCAAGUGCAGUUUUAGUCAGUUUUAGUUGCAUAGGUUUCCAUUGUAUUUAGUCUGUUAUGCUGAAUCUGGCCAAAGAAAAAAGUAUUUCCAACAGUAAAAUGUUUUUGCCACUUAGUUUUCUCUGACUUGGCUUCUGUGGUCAGAGCUGUUACCAAUUCUUAAGUGGCAUAGAACAACAGCAAAAUCUCCUAAAGUGCAAUAGAUCUUUUCAAGUGUAUUGUGCCUUGUUCUAAACUUUAAGUAGGUGCACUUGACAGUAUUUGAGGUCAUUUGUUAUGGUGCUAUUUCAAUUAGUCUAGAUUUAGGCCCUUGUACAUUUUGCCCAUAACUUUUUACAAAGUACUUCUUUUAUUGCACAUUCAGAGAAUUUUAUAUGUCUUGUGUGCGUGUCCUUAACUUCCAAUCUUAUUUUGUCUCUUGGGAGACUGAACGCAGCUUGUCUAAGGAGAAGGAACUAGAUUCUAAAACUUGGGACCAUGGGAAUAAUGGUUGGGAAGAAAACUAUUUGCACACGACAGAUUUCUAGAUACUUUUUGCUGCUAGUUUUGUGUAAUAUUUAUUGAACAUUUUUGACAAAUAUUUAUUUUUGUAAGCCUAAAAGUGAUUCUUUGAAAGUUUAAAGAAACUUGACCAAAAGACAGUACAAAAACACUGGCACUUGAAUGUUGAAUGUCACCGUAUGCGUGAAAUUAUAUAUUUCGGGGUAGUGUGAGCUUUUAAUGUUUAAGUCAUAUUAAACUCUUAAGUCAAAUUAAGCAGACCCGGCAUUGGCAAUGUAGCCAUAACUUUCUGAUAGUAAACAAAAAUUGGCAACUUUAAAAUUGAACAUGCCAAGGUUUUGAUACACUUGUCUUAAGAUAUUAAUGAAACACUUCAAAACACUGAUGUGAAGUGUCCAGAUUCUCAGAUGUUUGUUGCGUGAGUUUUUGUUUAGUUGUGUGUUUUUUUUUUCAGUGAAUGUCUGGCACAUUGCAAUCCUCAAACAUGUGGUUUAUAUUUGUUGUAUUGGCAUAAUCAGUGACUUGUACAUUCAGCAGUAGCAUUUUAGCAAGUUCUACAGCCAGCAAUAUUCUUCAGUUCAGAUAAUGAUUCAAUCAUAUGCAAAGAAUGGAUAUAAACUUGCUGAGUGUAAAGGAUUUGAACGUCAGGUCACUGUAGGUUUAGUAAUUGCUUAUUGUAUUAGUUUAGAUGCUGGCACUGCAUGUGCUGUGCAUUACUCAAAAUUUUAAUAAAAUAAAAAGUUGAAAUGUG